CGGCCCCGGCCGCGGCCCCGUGAGGGCCAUGGCCGCGCCGGGCACCGCCGCCCGCCGCCCGCCCCUCUCGGCCAUGGCAACGGAAGGCGGAGCGCGCCCCCGGCGCCCGCUGAUGACGCGCGGGGCCGGGGUGGGAAGGGGCGUCCCGCGUUCUCCGCGUCCCUCGCCGCGCCGCGGGGCGAGGAUGAGGCUGAAGCUGCUGGGUGCGGGCGGCGGGCGGCUGGGCUCGCUGACGGGGCUGGGCCGCGGCGGGGCCGGCGCGCUGGUGCUGCCCGGCUGCCUGCUGUACACGCGCGGCGGCGCGGCGCCGCACCUGACCCACGACACGCUGCGGGAGGUGCGCGGCGUGCCCGGCGUGGCGCACAUCGCCCUGCCCGCCCUGGCAGAAAUUCAUGACGUCCUGGAAGAGUAUAAAGAAGGAGCUGCAAAAUUUAUGGGUAUGCCAGAUGCUGUGCUCUACUGCUCCCUUCAUGACCCAGUCACUCCCUGCCCCUCUGGCUACAACACUAACAAGACGGUCUCCCUGUGGGGAAGCUCAGGGCGCAUGGAGAUGACAGCUUCCAAGUUCAUGGACAUCCAGCGGGCCAUCCAGCCAGACUGGUUCCAGUGCAUCUCUGAUGGAGACGUCAUUUCUGGGGAAGCUGGCAGAAAAAGAGCCAAGAAAUCUGUGGAUAGGUCACUUUCCUUCUUGGAUGUCUGCCUUCAGCUGCAAGAAAAAUCACCGGAACUACAAGGAAGUGUAAUGUUUGGGGCAAUUGAAGGUGGAGAUGUCUUGGAAGAGAGGCUCAGAUCAGCCAGGGAGACUGCCAAGCGGCCUGUGGGUGGCUUUCUGCUAGAUGGCUUCCAGGGAAGUGCCAUGACCAAGGAGACCAAGUUGAAACUGAUAGCUUCUGUCACAGCAGAGCUGCCAGAGGAUAAACCAAGAAUCAUUCAUGGUGUAGGCAAACCAGAUGAGGUGCUUGAGUGCAUUGAAAGGGGAGUGGACAUUUUUGAGAGCUUCUUUCCCUUCCAAGUGACAGAGCGAGGCUGUGCCUUGGUUUUCAGUUACAACUGCCAUCCAGAUCCUGAAGCAACAGUUUUAACACAAAAUGGGAUCCAGGACCUGGAGGAGAAUGGUGCUCAAGAAGGCCAGGAGGAAGUCUCCAAAGCUGACCCAGAAAUGACACCAUUUGAGAUAUCUCUGAAGGAUAAAAAGUACCACGAUGAUUUUGGUCCUUUGCUGGAAGGAUGCAGCUGUUACUGCUGCCAGAGGCACACUCGUGCCUACAUCCAUCACCUCCUGGUGACCAACGAGCUGCUGGCCGGUGUCCUGCUCAUGAUGCACAACUUCCAGCACUACUUUGGUUUCUUCAGUGCCAUUCGGGAUGCCUUGAGGGACAGCAAACUGGACCUUGUCAAGGAGCUUGUCUUCAGGCAGGCGCUGCAAGGCCCGGCAAGUGCCACGCUGGGACAGUGAGCUCAGAGAGGAGAGAGGAGGCUGCAGGCUGCAUCCUCAUCCAGUGGCACUCUGUCACCUGGAUGUGUCAGUAGUAAAAUGCCUUUAAAAUGCUUUUUUUUCCUUCCUGAAGGGACCUGAAUGAGAUGUUUGAAGGAGAUCUCACUUCCUGGUGGGGAAGGAUGAUCUUGUUCAAGCUCCUCUUCUGGUUAAUUGGCUUGGUGCAUUCUUGGUGGCUGGAAGAGCCUGGACAGUUCACCAGUAAGACCAGUAUGGAUGGGUUUGUUUUCAGAUACUCACUGUUGGUUUCCCAUGUGCAUGGACAGAGUAAUUUAACUUGUGAUUGAGGAUAAAGCAGGGCAUAUACUUAAAAUUAAUCCAGCUGCCUGGAGACUCAGCAGUUGCUUGGGACUCUUGUUCCAUACCCAACAGUAAUUAUUUUUCUAGAAAAACCUAGUGGUGUCCUAGUCUCUCAUGUAUCAUGUAUCCCCUUAGUAAGAAGUCACAUCUCAGUCUUAACAUACUGUCCUUGUAGCCAUUGCCAGCGUCUGUGUCCUUGGAAAGAACUGACUGGAAGUGCUGCUGUGUCCAGUGGCACAAGGGACUGUGUGUGUACUCCUCUCUCAGGCCACCUGCAGUGCAGUGUUCUCUGGGCCUGGAGGAAGUCUGCCACCUCGGCCUGGCCUUAAACACCCCUGCCUCAGGGGUCCCAUUCAGUGACUUUAGAGCCAGAGAGAAAAGAAAGUGUUUAAUCCAUCUCCUGCUGUAGGGCUUUUUUUUUCAACUCUGUGCACUUUUUUCUGUGCACUUUUUCAGAUUUCACUCCCAUGUUAGCACAUGGGUGACAAUGUCUGUACCAUUCUUUCCAGCCACCCUAGUACUGGUCACAGAGCAGGCUACACAAAUGUCACUGUGAGAUGGGCUGUCAUAGGAAAGGACUUUUAGAAGACAUUCUGGUGGGUCCUUGUUUUAGAAUAUGACUUAGUUAUGUUACAUUCCUCUUAUUCAUUUGGGUUUUUUUACUGCCCCUUACUGUGGAAUCACGGAUUUAAUAGUUUUAUAUUUCACAGCAACAAUAAAAUACAUUUAUUAUUUGUUA